GAGAGAGGAGACAGGCGGGCAGGCGGGCGGGCGGGCUGGCCGACUGGCAGGUAGGCACGUGGUGGGAAAGGAGACAGGUCGACGGCUUCCUCCGUCCCCUCCCUUCACCUUGCCUCUCUCCUCUCCUCCUCGAAACCUGGUGAGAGUUCUGCUUGGUGUCUGGGGACUAGGAGCUCGUUCCUGCUUCCCCCAGAGGCUCCUCGAGGCAGAGCUUUGGCCUUCAGAACCAGCCUGUGCCACCACCUCAUGCCCUCUCCAGAAAGACAUGGCUCUGACCAACAGGCAUGAAAAGGAGAUAAAAACACAAGAGUCAAAUGUCUCCCACACCAUCACUAACAAAAAAACAAACAACUGGGAAUUGGACGUGGGAUUUCCAAACAGGACCUGCAGCAGCCACUAAUGUCUGAAUACAAGAGUCCAAACAUGCCUAUGUUAUCCAUUAUGAUUAGAUGCCACCCUGAUGGUGAAGAGAGGCAUCUGGAGAAGGGAUUUGAGCCCUCAGGAGUGGCCCAAGAUUGAAAUACAGAAGAUUCUCCCCCCUUCCCCCUCCCCAACUUCUCCAGGAGACAUGAGGACUCUGGGUAAGUCCUGUACCCGAGGCCAAGAAGGGAGAAGAGCGAUAGGAUUGAUUGAGAAGACUGUGUGGGUACGGUUUUCAGUGGUUUUUUUUUUUCACCUCCCAUAUAAAAGCGAACUUGUUUUUGAGCCUUUGGUAUUUCUUUUCCCCAAGCCAGCCUGGCCACCCCUCUCUUCCAAGAGAUUUUCUACAGACCGAAAUCGAUCGCUGUGAGCACCCAAGAGGCCCAAACUGCAUCAGCCUGCAAAAAGACUACCUGAAGACCAGCUCGAUGCCCAACCACUCAAAGGCACACCAAAUCCCAGCAGCCUCCUCUUCAGUGGCUUCCUCCAGCCUUGUGGCUCACAUGAAGGACACAGAGCUGGUAACCAGAGGGGCCUUGGAGUUUCCACAAUGGGAGACUGUGCCUGCCCCUCGAGGGGGACCUACUGGGACAACUGCCUUGCCACAACUUGCCUUGUCACCACAGCUCAUCUUUCAUCCUGCUGUCAGAAUCACCUGGAGGAUGUAUAAGAGUGACCUCAAUAUCAUUGCCCUACUUGAAAACUCUCCUUGGCCCCACUCAUCUUCCCCACUCUGUCUGGAGGCAUGGCUGCCAUUCAUCAUGGAAACUGAACUUGUUGGGUACUCACUGCUGAACGCUGCCAACAGGUCCCAUGGUGAUGGUGGCCCCACCAGGUGGGCAACUUAGCACAUUGCCACACCCCCAGGCCCUGCUUCAGGACAAGCAGCAUUUUGUACACCAGCUCACCUCCACCGAGGUCCUCGGCCGGCCCUCACUGGUGCACAUGACACCGCUGAGCACCCCUGCCCUGAUCAACCUGCCGUCACCACCCGACAUCAUCGCCUAUAAGACCAGAACCUCCCAGCUGCAUAGCCUUCCUCCUGGGAUCAAUCUUGCCAACUUUGAGUGGUUGCCCAAGGAGCCAGCCAACAUGCUGACGACGUACCUCUGCACUUUUCCCAGUGGGCCCAGCACUGGGGAUGCCACUGCUUUCCGGCUUGGCCCCAAGAAGGAGAGCAUCCUCCAGACAUGCCCCCUGGACAGCUCCCAGAGCUGCUGGUGGCCUGGUUGUGAGAAGGUCUUCCUGGAACCGGGGGAGCUCUUGAAACACCUCCAAGAGGACCACCGCCUGGAUGAGAAGGGGAAGGCCCAAUGCCUCAUCCAGAAAGAGGUGGUACAGAAUCUAGAGCAGAAGCUGCUCCUCGAGAAGGAGAAGCUGGGGGCCAUGCAAGCCCACCUCUCCGGGAAGUUGGCACUGGUGAAGCCCCUGGCUGUGAACCCGUCCACAGAGAAAGUGACCUACUGCCCAUCAAGGAGCCUGGGCCCCACCUGGUCAAGCUGGCCAGGCUCCCUGGAGGACAAGGACAAGGCUCAGCUCCCAGGGCAAGGCCUCUUUGCAGUCAGGAGGCAUUUGUGGGGCAGCCAUAUGUCUCCAGACUUUGUCCAUAAUCUGGAAUACUUCCGAUCUCACAACCUGCGGCCGCCCUUCACCUAUGCCACUCUUAUCCGCUGGGCCAUACUGGAGGCCCCAGAGAAACAGCGGACACUCAAUGAGAUCUACCACUGGUUCACCCACACAUUCGCCUUCUUUCGGACCCACCCAGCCACGUGGAAGAAUGCCAUUCGGCACAACCUGAGUCUGCACAAGUGCUUUGUCCGAGUGGAGAAUGAGAAAGGGGCAGUGUGGACUGUUGACGAGUUUGAAUUCCGAAAGAAGAGAAGGCCUCGGCCCAGCAGAGAUCAAGACCUGAAACGCUUAUUGGCCUGUACCCCAAUGGCCGUGACGGAGGCCUGGCUCCCUCUUCCCCAUCGCAAUAGCCACAUCUGAGCCCAGCUGCUAAAGGAACUACUUUUAUUUACUGUCACUGUUCUGGUCUCCCCAGUGAAGGAGGGCCUUGCUCUCCUCCCACCAAUAAAGGCCACGUGGCUGAAGCA